AUGCGCGAAUGUCCGAAAUGUAAAGCUAAGGAGUACAAUAAUCGAACGAUGCUGAUGAUGAUUAAUGAUUGUGGUCAUCCGCUGUGCAAGAAUUGUGUGGAAAAUCUGUUUGCUCGCAAUAGCGGUCCUUGUCCACAAUGUGGAAAAAUUUUAUGGAAAAAAGGAUUUUGGGAACAAAUUUUUGACGACCCCAUGGUCGAAAAAGAGAAUCAUAUUCGUAAAAAACUUAGAAAGAUUUACAAUUUGAAACGAGUGGAUUUUCCAACGCUGUGCGAUUUCAAUAAUUAUUUGGAACGGUUUGAAACGAUUGUCAUGAAUUUGACCUACAAUAUUGAUGUUGAAGAAACGGAAGCUGAAAUUAAUCGUUUUAAAAUAGAGAACAGUGAACUUAUCGAAAAAAAUAAGCGCAAGCUCGACGACGAUCAGAUAUGGAUCCUUCAAACGUUGGAAGAAGAACAGAAAAGAAAAAAGCUUGCUGUAGAGGGUGCUGGAGAUGAAGAAUUAUCUGGGAAAGUGACUAGUUCAAACAAAUCUAAAGCAAUAAUUGAUGAACUUCGUGAAUCCGAUUUACCUGCAGAAGUAAUUUUGGAUCGUCAGAGAAAGCGACAAAUUGAAGCAGAGCUUGCCGAAAAAGAAGAAGCUGCAAGACGAAAGAAAUCUAAAAUAGAAGCUCAACAGAAACGUCUCGAUACGGCAUCUUUUGCAGCAGUUCGUAUCAGUGGUGCGCCAUUUGUAUAUCGUGCACCAGAGCUUCCCAUCAAUGGACCACCACUUCCAAAGCCUGAGGAUUUGUCUCGGAUGGGGUACUUGCAGCAUGUCGUACAAAUCAGUAAAAGUAGAUAUGCUGGUGGAUUUACACCAGAAACGUGCUGUAUGCGUGCUUUAUUUGAGUCCAGAGUUGAUUUGUUUUUACUUUGA